GGUAUGGAGUGUCAGUUGAGAGGUAUAGUUGGAAACAUACCAACUAGAACCUGCUUAUGAGGUUCUGGCCUACUAGUACAGAUAUAUCUGACAAAAUGAGGACUUUUAGCCUGUUUGGAACAACAAUUAUCCUAGUCCUGGUCUAGCCUUCCUGUGAAUGUAGUACAGACAGGAAUUCCAGAAGAGCAAAAGAACGCAAGAUUCACAUAGUUUUAAAGUUGAAGUAAAAUAGCACUCUUAACUAGAUUUAACUUGACAGAACAGCAGGGAGGAAAAGAAUGUAUCUAUGCAGUUCUGGACUUCAUAUGCUCCAGAGAAUACUGCUUCAGAAAAACUCACAUUUUAAUUUGGUGAAGUAAUUUCAUUUUGGUCAGGUGUCUUGUCAAUGCCUUGGAGGUUUCCAAAAUACAAAGCUGCUUCUGUGAAAAAACAAGGUACCUAAAAUGGACUGGUGACACAAGAACCAGGAUUAUAAAAGAAAAUGAUGUACACAUGACCAUCAUUAUGUGGAACAAUUCUGCCAGUGUAUAUUUGAAGAUAUUGGUUCAGCAGAUUCAUGGAUCUCAAUGAAACAGUUUCAGAAAAACUUCAUUGGCCAGAGCAAGAGCUCUCCAGAAAGACAGUUUUGAGUCCUGAAGAACUGAUUCUUAAGAAUGAAGAGAGCAUCCAGUGUUUAUCCCAGUCUGGCAUCCUUAAGGACACAUUCACCACCGGGACCAGCAGUUAUAAUGUCCUCCUGCAGAGCAAAGAGGAAAAAAAGCACCUUUUGCAAAAGCAUCCCUCGACCUUCCAAAAAAAGCAGCGAAAGCCCACAAAAGCCUCGAAUGCUUCGCGAAGCAAUGAGCGCCGCAAGAGCAAGGCCCUCGGGAAUGGAUGGUGCUGCCUCAGCCGGCAGCAGUCUCUCUAUAGGCAGCCCUCCCUCUUCAUCACCAGCCCAGGCUCCAACAGCAUCAAGCUGACACACAGUAUCUCGGUGGCAGGGAACAGUAUAGGACUGCUGCCUCCGCCCAAGGCCAAGGCCAAAAGGUAUUCUUGCUCCAGCUUAACCAAGCCAAAGCAGCUACAGUUGUCGAAAAGCUAUUUAAAAGAAGCAGGGGAUGCCACUGGGCGAAAACUCUGUAUUCUCACAGCCAUCAGACCUUCCAAUGUGGAGAAGGAGAAGGUGAAGUUCUUCAAGUCGGAUUUUACCUACAAUCCGCAAUUUGAAUAUGCGAGCCCAGCCCUCUCCAAUGUGUUAGCUAAGCACAGCCAAGCAUCCAGCACAUUUCUUAAGCAGGCCGUCAAAAUUAUGGAACUGACUUUGCAGAAAUAUGGAAGCUACGAACAUUUUGAACAGGCCACCGGAGGCAGCUUGCUGCCCAGAAGUCGCAUCUGGAGUCAUGUCCGGAAGUACAUGGUGAAAGAAGGCUGCCUAGGCGAGAUUGUGGUUCAUCUCUCUGAAGACUUGCUUUCUCGAGCCUCAAUGACUGUGGUGAAUGGCCGUCCAACUCUUACUAUUAAUAUUUCUACUGCACGUGAACACUGGCUAGAAGGAAUGCUGAGGCAUGAAAUAGGAACUCAUUAUCUUAGAGGUAUUAACAACAACAGCCAGCCAUGGAACAACUGGAAUGGACGCAGAAAGCAUGGGCUGAGACCCAUCAACCCCACUGAGGAAGGCCUGGCAAGUAUUCACAGUGUCCUGCUCCGGAAGGAUCCCUUUCUGUGGAGGGCUGCCCUUCUCUAUUACACUGUGUACCAAGCCAGCCGAAUGUCCUUCAGUCAGCUCUUUCAGGACAUUGGGAAGUUUGUGAAGGACCCUAAUACUCGGUGGGACUAUUGUGUACGAGCCAAGAGAGGCUGGACCGAUACUUCUGAACCAGGCUGCUUCAGUAAAGAUCAGGUCUACUUGGAUGGCAUCCUCCGAAUUCUUAGAUACCGAGAAUCCAUUGACUUCUACUUACUGACAGCUCUAGGAAAAGUGGGUAAACCAGUCUCCUAUGAGGAUGUGGAUCGCCUAAAGGACCUAGCAGUGACUGAAAACAUGAGGGUGCCGCACUUCUUGCAAGAUUACACCCGGUACAUGGAGCACUUGGAGAAGAUCAUGCAAGUCAAUGAGCUGUCUGACAGAGAGCUUCAGGCUCUAGUACCUUAGGCUAGCCGUUCUCUUUUGGUGCUGUCUGCUUCAUUCAUACCAGAACUGAAAUGUGGGCGGUGCUAACUUGCAGAAGUGGAUGAAUUAGCCUUAUUUUUGAUGCCUGUUAAAAUGGAUACUCUUUAGAUCUGUUUCUUGUGUUUUGUUUUUAAGAAAGAAAACCAAGUAUGGAUCAAGAAGUCCUUUACUUUUAAAGGGAGAAAAAAAGCUUAUUUCCAUCCCAGUCUCAAGCUAUAUAAACUUUUGUAAGAUUUUCAGUAUUAAAUUAUAGAUGGAACACAAGCACAUUAUUUUAAGAGAUCGUUGUGUAGAUUCUUCUGUAUUGCUGUUUACAGUUUCUACGUGCUGAGAAACAGGGUUUUGAAUUUUUAUUUUGUGGUACACUAUUUGCCUCCUCGCAUACUUUUUUAAAAUUUAUUUAUUAAGCUUAGCUUACUUUCUUAAACCCAUUGGGCUGUUUAUUAGUUUUGGAUAUUGAUUGUUAUAUCCUAGCCAUUUUCAAAGAGAGAAGGAACUUCUGUACACUUUGCUAUGCUAACCUCAUGUGUCCUGCUUUCUUCUCCGGAGGUUUAUGAGCACAACUGUGUAUUUUUCAAUCCUGCUAUAAAGAGUUGACUUCUGUUACUACA